AUGGACGUCAUCCAACUCCAAGCUCACCAUACAUACCUGCCCAAUUCUUUGUUUAUGCUCAUCAUACAGCAGUGGAUAUCUGUGCUCACACUGUUCAUAUCGUUUUGUGUCGCAGUGACAAUCUAUUCUUUGGGGAAAAACCAGUCGUUCAACCAAACACCAAGAUACAGCAAAAGAGGAACUACCAAGCCCCGUUUUUGGAGCUUUGCGGGUGUUGAAGAUCUUCUGAGAGUAUUUCGGUCUGUCAAAAAUGGCACCGUUCUAUCGUACCUGGACAGCCUCUGGAGUCGGUAUGGCGACACUUACGUGAUAAGCUUCUUCGGAACUCGCAUUAUCUUUACUCGCGACGCAGUCAAUAUCAAACACAUCUUAGCCUUCCAGUGGCUUGACUACGACGCCACAAAGGGAAUCCGUACCGAGAUGUUCAAGGAUGUGGCACCCGGGACUAUAGCCUCCGUCGACGGCAAAGCAUGGGAGGACGAACGACGAAAAUGGCGUCGCUCUCUCACCCACCAUCAUCAACUUCUCGACCUACCGUUCCUCGAAAAAAGCUUCAGACUCUUCCUACAUCAUAUUCCAGCAGGAAAUAUGGUGGAUCUGCAACCACUUGUCCUCGACAUGAUGACAGAUAUUGUCAGAAACUUUGUCAUCGGAGAGUCAGCUCAUCGUCUUGAUAUUGAAAAUCAGUCGAAAGAAACAAGAGAGUCCGUGGAAGCACUAGAGCGUCUCACACCCGCAAUGGCCAUGAAAGGCCUACUGGGUCCUCUAUCGUGGCUGUUACCGCGAGGAGGUUUCGAUGCCGAUUGUCGCUUGUUCAAGGGGCUUUUGCAUCGCACCAUUCAAGAACAACUGAAGACAAGGGAAGGCGGAGAUAUGAAUCCUCAAAGCGAUAGCCCACUUCAGUCGAGAUUCUUGGACCGACUUUCAUUGCAUACCAACGACCCAGAAACGCUCAGGAACGACGUCACUGCCGCAUUGAUGGCUUCUGAGUCUACGGCGAGACCUCUAUCGCACUCUAUUUGGCUACUCAGCCAACAUCCUAAGAUCUAUGAAAAACUUCGUCAGAGUGUUCUUGAUGUGGUUGGACUCGAAGAGCCGACAUUUGCGGACCUAAACAAGUUCCCUUACCUGAUAAGCGUACUCAAUGAAGCAUUGCGACUACUGCCUCCAACGACUCUGACUCUAAGAAGAGCCAACAAGGAUACAUGGCUUCCGAGCGGUGGCGGUGAAGAUGGAACGGAAAUGUUGCUUCUUCACAAAGGAGAACGAGUC